GGCAGGUGACACGAUCCCACAGCCACCUCGCCGACACCCGACCUUCCAACGUGGGGCCGACCCCUCUGACACUUUGACGAUUCUUUCAGAACACUCAGCCGUCCGAAUCGGUAACAUAUUCUUCGUUACUGUAGACAUAACGCAGAAAGCCCGCCCGAGCUAGGACUCACGGGUUGCAUGCGCUUUGGCAGCGGUUUGGCGGUUUGCCGCACCUCCUCGAUUCGUUAGACGCACAGCUCGUUGCGUUUCAGUCGACUCCGUGGAGUUUCAGACAACCAUGUCGUACAAUCGAUUAGACGACGACUAUUACGAGAGCCACCCAUUGGAGACCAGGAUGCAUAGGACGCCGUCCCCUACGCAUCCACUCCAACACGGGUAUCACCUAGAAGACAACCCGUACGGACACUCGCAACUCGACAUACCCCAAGGUCCUGGCAGGUACAGUCCGGGCGACGCAUUACAUAUGCAGACAGCACAAUCAGUCGACAACCUCGGGAGCUACUCGGUCAACCCCGAGGCGCAUCACGAUGCCUACUACAACCAACCUUACGAGCCGCACCCUACAGGGCACUCGGGAUACGACCAAACGCCGUACUACGACGAUGAUCGGCGGCCGAUGCUAGCCCACAACGGCUCCCAAGUCGGCGCAAGCGACCCAUACCACGACAACCAGCAGCCCAGGCCAAACAAUGGAAUCAAGAGGUGGAAGACGGUGAAGCAGGUGCUCCUGUACCGGGGGAACUUGGUCCUCGACUGCCCGAUCCCUCCAAAGCUGCUGAACCAGCUGCCCCACGGAGAGCGCGAUGAGUUUACCCACAUGCGCUACUCGGCCGCGACAUGCGACCCGGCCGACUUCUACGAGGAGAACUUCACCCUCCGUCAGAAGCUGUUCAGCAAGCCCCGGCACACGGAGCUGUUCAUCGUUGUGACCAUGUACAACGAGGACGAGAUCCUGUUUGCGCGCACCAUGAUCGGCGUCUUCAAGAACAUCGAGUACAUGUGCAAGCGGACCGAGAGCAAGACGUGGGGCAAGGACGCCUGGAAGAAGAUCGUCGUCUGCGUCGUCAGCGACGGCCGCGCCAAGAUCAACCCGCGGACCCGGGCGCUAUUGGCCGGUAUGGGCGUGUACCAGGAGGGUAUCGCCAAGCAGCAGGUCAACGGCAAGGACGUCACGGCGCACAUUUACGAGUACACGACUCAGGUUGGCAUGGCCAUCCGGAACGACGUCGUGCAGCUCAUCCCCAAGCAGCAGCCCGUGCAGAUGCUGUUCUGCCUCAAGGAGAAGAACCAGAAGAAGAUCAACUCGCACCGCUGGUUCUUCCAGGCCUUUGGUCGCGUCCUGGACCCCAACAUCUGCGUGCUGAUCGACGCCGGUACCAAGCCGGGUAGCACCUCCAUCUACCACCUCUGGAAGGCCUUUGACCUGGAGCCCAUGUGUGCCGGCGCCUGCGGUGAGAUCAAGGCCAUGCUGGGCACGGGCGGCAAAAACCUUCUCAACCCGCUGGUCGCCACCCAGAACUUUGAGUACAAGAUGAGCAACAUCUUGGACAAGCCUCUGGAAUCGGCCUUCGGCUUCAUCUCCGUGCUGCCCGGCGCCUUCUCCGCCUACCGCUAUGUUGCCCUCCAGAACGACAAGAACGGCAAGGGCCCGUUGGAGAAGUAUUUUGCAGGCGAAAAGCUUCACGGUGCCGGCGCCGGCAUUUUCACCGCCAACAUGUACCUCGCCGAGGAUCGUAUCCUCUGCUUCGAGCUCGUCACCAAGCGCAACUGCCACUGGAUCCUGCAGUAUGUCAAGUCGGCCACGGGCGAGACCGACGUGCCCGACACAGUGACCGAAUUGAUCUUGCAGCGCCGCCGCUGGCUGAACGGGUCCUUCUUCGCCGCCAUCUACGCCAUCGUCCACUUCCACCAGUUCUUCCGCUCGGAUCAUUCCCUCAUGCGCAAGCUGGCCUUCUUUAUCGAGUUCGUCUUCAACACGGUCAACAUGAUCUUUGCUUGGUUCGCUAUCGGCAACUUCUUCUUGGUGUUCAAGAUUCUUACAACCAGCCUGGGCGACGAAAACCUGCUAGGCGAGGUCGGGAAGAUCCUUAGUGUGGUGUUCACCUGGUUGUACGGCGUCUCGCUGGUGACGUGCUUCGUGCUGUCGAUGGGCAACCGCCCGGCAGGAUCAGGGCCGUACUACAUGGCCAUGGUUGUCUUCUGGGCUAUUCUUUUCAUCUACCUCAUGUUCGCUGCCAUCUACAUCGCCGUCAACGCCAUCAUCACGGAUCUUAAUGCGCACGGCUUCAGCAUCGACUCGCUCUUCAAGAACAAAGUCUUUUACACGCUGAUCGUGUCCGUCAUGUCGACCUACGGCAUCUGGCUGAUCGCCUCCCUGCUCAUGUUCGACCCCUGGCACAUGUUCACCUCGCUCAUCCAGUACAUGCUCCUCUCGCCCACCUACACCAACGUACUCAACGUCUACGCCUUUUGUAACACGCACGACAUCUCGUGGGGUACCAAGGGCGACGACAAGCCGGAGGCCCUGCCAUCGGUCAACACCAAGGACGGGCAGGGCAAGACGGACCUGCCGGACGAGGGCGACCUUAACGCGCAGUACGAGCGCGAGCUGCAGGUGUUCAGCCGGAAGCCGGUCAAGGAGGUCAAGCCGCCGACGCCGAGCCAGAUCGAGGAGAAGCAGAUGGACUACUACCGCGGCGUGCGCACCGUGGUCGUGCUGGUCUGGAUGAUCACCAACUUUGCCCUCUGCGCCGUCGUCCUCUCGACCGCGGGCGUCGACAAGAUCGUGCCCGGCAACGGAGAGUCGGAGGAGGAGAUCAAGAGCAACCGCGCCAACGUCUACCUCAGCGUCGUCCUCUGGUCCGUGGCCGGUCUGUCGGCGUUCAAGUUCCUCGGCGCGCUCUGGUUCCUGGUGGUGAGGAUGUUCAGGGGCGUCUAGACAGAUGAGAGAGAAUCGAGAGCUGGUCGGUACCCGCCGCGCAAGGGUUUGUGUGUGAAGAGGAGGAAAGUUAGUUGAUCUGACUGAUAUAUGGAAAAAAAUCUUUUUUUUCCUUUCAUUUUCUUCUUGUUCGUCGCACUUGCGUUCGACUC